UAAGGCGUAAUUAUAACUUGUAUAACACGAAGAAUUAAGAAUCAAAGGGCAAAUAUCUAAUAAUUUAACAUUGGAACUUAACAAUUUAACAACUUAACUACGAGAUGGCAUCAAACCAGCUGGCUACGAUCGUGGCUAAACCACUAUCGAUGAUGAAAGAACUAACUCCCUUCGUAUACAUCUAUGAACCCGAGUCUAUCGUUACGCGGCAAACUACCCGAUUGCGAGUCCCGAAGCUCAUCUUCGUUGCAUCGUGGAUGGACGCACAAGACUUACACAUUGCCAAGUAUAUCACGCGUUACCAGGCCAUUUAUCCCACCUCCAAGAUCAUACUGGCCAAGUUUGUCCUCAAGGAAUCUAUGUCUCGAUCCCUUACACAGGAAACUGUUGGGCCUGCUUUCACAUACCUUCGAUCCCAGCUCGAUUCGGAUUUCCUGUCGGUAUCCCCGACUGAGCCUGAGAUCCUAACGCACGUAUUUUCGAAUGGUGGCUCGACUACUAUACGAACAUUAUAUGAACUAUUCCAAUCUCAGACAGGGCGCCCCUUUCCGCUUCAUGCCGCGGUGUACGAUUCGUGUCCUGGGUUAUUUGCCUUUUCUCCUACUUAUAAUGUAAUGAUAAUCAACUUUCCAAAGGGCAUCCUCCGGUUGAUCGCGACCCCAUUCGUCAUUUCAUUUGUUACCUGCCUCUGGAUCUUGCACGCUCUUAGAUUUAUAACUGGCGAGAAUUUCCUUUCGGUAAAUUGGAGGGUUUUCAACGACUUGGACUUGGUUAAGCAGACGAAUCGGUCCUAUAUAUACGGCAAAGCUGAUCUCAUGGUCGACUGGAGGCAUGUAGAAAUGCAUGCGAAGCAAGCUGCAGCGAAGGGACUAGAGGUACGAACAGAAAUGUUCGAACGUAGUCCACACGUAUCGCAUAUGAGAUCAGAUGGCGAACGAUACUGGAGGAUUGUCACGGAAACAUGGGAAAGGGCUAUAACGAAGCAAUAACUGACGGGCAUGGGAGAACUAUUAACCUAGAAUAGUAAGAUACACCCCCCUAUUUACUACCCUCAUGUCAACGAUAUAGACACUUGAAUGUACCAUACUACUACCCGGAUUGGCCAAUAAUACGAUAAGUCCAUCAAUAGGCAGCAACUUUAUC